GUCUGGCCCAACAUGGCCUGUGACUCUCCGCAAAGAUAACGAUUUGCAAUCUCCGUCGCCAGGGCAGGGGUCCUGGCAUUCGGGUGGCUGUGCACCUGCCCAAAUGCAGCGCUCGAUCUGCAGGCACGACAGGUUUUUGGCGGCAGGGUCCCUUCCUUGCUUGCUGUUUGUGUUGCACAACAAAACCGCCGGUUGCGCAUGCCAACCUCUUCUUGAAUUCUCCAGCCAUUCUCUCUACUACAGCUUAUCAACAUCGAUUUCCCGCAGCACUGUGCCGAUACUUCCAUCUCAACUAUUCUGCGGCACUGUAACAGUCACGCAUUUGUCGCUAGUGCUAUCGAAGAUCAUACACGACAUCUCCUUGUACGGGACGCGCUCGGACAUCCGCUCUCACGAUGCGCACUUCAAGCAUCCUCGCUCCGCUUUUCUUCGCCGCCUCAUCCCUGGCUCAGGCCGUUGAAGAGGGCAUCGAGCCAUCCACCCCUGCACCAGCUGGAUGCCUGCGAACUGUCGAGGGGAAUUUCACAAUCGGCGUAGAGAACUUCUUUGCACCAAGAUCUAAGCGCGAAACCGCCCAACAGGCUGCCGAUGGAGCGCUCCUCUGCACACUCGAGGAUGGCAUUCUCCGUGAUCAGUACAGCCGUACUGGUUCUGUUGUAGCUAACCGCCAGUUCCAAUUCGACGGCCCACCACAGGCUGGUGCUAUCUACACUGGAGGUUUCGCGGUAUGCGAAAAUGGAUCCCUUGCCAUCGGUGGCUCGACAAGAUGGUGGCGAUGCAUGAGUGGUGCAUUUGGCAACCUAUACGACGAGACUAUCGGCGACCAGUGCACUGAAAUCAGGAUUGUUGUCGAUCUGCUCAACGACCCUUCGCCUUCCAGCUCGGCUGUCCCAUCAACCAGCGCCUCAAUCAGUUCGAGACCUACCGGAGGGGCAAGUAUCACUUCGUCAUCCUCCACAGCUGCUUCGCCUUCGGGCGCUUCGAGUGCUGUGAGCAACGGCACCUCGUCAGCUUCUGCAGGCUCUACCUCAGGAACUGCUACAACAUCGGUCUCUUCUACCGGGUCGUCGAGCGCCUCUGUGACAGAGUCUGCAUCCGGAACCUCGUCGGCGACUGCGGGUGGUGCGGCCCCUCCUGCGGAAGGCGGUGCUGCUACAUUCAUCAGCACACAAGGGACCGUUCUCGGAGCGCUGUUGACGGUGUUCGGUGCUGCCCUGAUCCUGUAAGCUGCAACAGCGUACAAACGAUCCAGGACCGCCCAUUGCACAGGAGUUCGGCGUUUUGUUUCCGGAUAGCAUCACUUGUACAACAUUCUGCAUCAGAGCACGAAUGAUUUCACGACACGACUCUUGCCCAGCGAUUUGUUCAAUCCUUUGCGAUACCACGUACCCGUCCAUUCUACCACACUUGCAUAUACCAACUGGAAGAUCGCUGCGUUGUGGAGUUCUCACGUGUAG